CUCCCUGGCUUUUGUGUCGGUGCCUGGGCGCUGCAAGGAGGGUGCGCUGGAGAAAGAGGAGGGGGGCCUGGGGUGAGAGGCACCCCCUUCACGCGCGCGCGCACACGCUGCCGGCGCACGCACACGCGGGCGGACACAGACUCACAGACACGCACACACACGCGCACACACACGCACAAAGCUCGCUCGCCUCGAGCGCACUAACGUGGCCGUUUUCUUUGUGUGGAGCCCUCGAGGGGGGUUGGGGCCCCGGUCCGGUCCCGGGGAGAUGGCACAGCCCAUCCUGGGCCAUGGGAGCCUGCAGCCCGCCUCGGCCGCUGGCCUGGCGUCCCUGGAGCUCGACUCGUCGCUGGACCAGUACGUGCAGAUUCGCAUCUUCAAGAUCAUCGUGAUUGGGGAUUCCAACGUGGGCAAGACCUGCCUGACCUUCCGUUUCUGCGGAGGGACCUUCCCGGACAAGACUGAAGCCACCAUAGGCGUGGACUUCAGGGAGAAGACGGUGGAAAUCGAGGGCGAGAAGAUCAAGGUUCAGGUGUGGGACACGGCGGGUCAGGAGCGCUUCCGCAAGAGCAUGGUGGAGCAUUAUUACCGCAACGUGCACGCCGUGGUCUUCGUCUAUGACGUCACCAAGAUGACAUCCUUCACCAACCUCAAAAUGUGGAUCCAAGAAUGCAACGGGCACGCUGUGCCCCCACUCGUCCCGAAAGUGCUUGUGGGCAACAAGUGUGACUUGAGGGAACAGAUCCAGGUGCCCUCCAACUUAGCCCUGAAAUUUGCCGACGCCCACAACAUGCUCUUGUUUGAGACAUCGGCCAAGGACCCCAAAGAGAGCCAGAAUGUGGAGUCGAUUUUCAUGUGCCUGGCUUGCCGAUUGAAGGCCCAGAAAUCCCUGCUCUAUCGCGAUGCUGAGAGGCAACAGGGGAAGGUGCAGAAACUGGAGUUCCCACAGGAAGCUAACAGUAAAACUUCCUGUCCUUGUUGAAACCAAAUGGUGUAACUAGGAGAUCAGUCCUCACUGGAGUUUUUUCUUUCCCUUUUUUUCCUGCGUAACGCUGACAACUGC